AUCGAACCAUUGGCACGUCACACAACAUGGAAAAAAAUUAUUAUUUAAUAAUUUAAUUUCAUUUUACUAGUUACUUAGUCCUGCAAAUGUGAACCGUGUAAGGUGGUACUACAAUUUAAAUGGGCCAUAAUUAACGCUAUAAGGGCAAUUUUCUUGGGUGACAUUAAUCAUUUCUUUACAGUUAUUUUAAAUAAAAGUGAGGUGCCAUUGUACUGAGGAGCCAUAGAAAUAAUUAGUAAUUACUACUUUUUCUGCUUUGUUAUAUAAAUAAGCUUGGCUAGGCCUUAGGACUAUAAAGAAGCUAGUGCGCAAUUUUGUUAAGAUGUCGUUUUCCCAUAUGGCUCGUUUCCUGAAACAGGGCUUCCAAAACCUCAGCAGAGGUAACAUGAAAAACUCCCAGAAAUUUCUCUUGGGUUUCAUGAUAAUGCCAGUCCGUAACAUAUCGUGCCUCGAAAUAAACAAGAACCUGUCCCUACUGUCCAACGAGAAAAUAGACACCACCGUGACCAAUUUUAAGUUGAACCAACCCCAGGAGAACCCGUUGGUCAUUCUUCUUGCCUGGAUGAUGGCUAAGAAGAAUCACACGAGAAAAUAUGCGGAUAUUUGGAUCCAGAAGGGGUUCGAUGUGUUAUGUGUCACCGUAAGCCCUUGGCAGUUUUUAUGGCCCGUUAAAGGCACCCAAUUGGUCGCUUUAGACAUCCUGAAAUUCAUAGAGCAAAACGAGAGCUACGCCCCCAUUGUCCUGCACGGUUUUUCAGUGGGUGGUUACCUGUGGGGCGAAGUCAUGGUGCACAUGUCCCAAGACAAAGAAAGAUAUCAAGCGUUUUUGGACAGAUUUGCUGGACAGGUUUGGGACAGUGCAGCAGACCUAACGGAAAUCCACAAGGGGGUGCCGCCCGCGGUCUUUCCCAGGAACAAAGUGAUGGCCAAAGCGCUCGGUAAAUAUAUCCUGUAUCACAUGAAAACCUUUGAUAAAGUAGCGACAAGGCAUUAUGUGCGAUCGAGUCAGAUGUUUCACACUAACAUGUGCAGGGCGCCUGCGUUAUUUUUGAUUAGCAAAACUGACCCCAUCGGCGCCGUCGAUUCCAAUCAAAGGGUGAGGGAAAGUUGGGAAAGUAUGGGCAUGAAGGUCGAUUGGAAGGUGUUCGAAAAAUCCGCCCACGUAGGACACUUCCGAAAAUACCCCAAAGAGUACGUGGCCGAAAUUCAUGACUUUUUAACCAAUAUCAACAUGAAUAAGGAUGUGAGACAGAAAGAGACCGAGAGACCUACCGAUAAAAUUAAAAUCAAUCAAUAGGAGUAUUUAAGAUAGGUUAUAGGCAUAUGGAUCAUUAUUUUAACCGGUAAUUGUUUAUUUAUUGUUUUAAUUGGCCUAAUAUACUGUGAUAGAUGUAAAAGUAAUAACAAAAUUGAUUGGUCAAAUGAAGGCAUGUUCUGUUUUUUUAUUUUGUUGCAUUUUUGCCCAGAAAGACAAGAUGCUUUUUUUAUAUUUAAUUUAGGUUUAUAUUGCUGGCAGGGUUAAAUGAUUAUUCUAGAUAGAAUUUUCCUAUCAAAUAUUUAUAAUGGUAAUGAACUUUAUAAGUAUCAUUUAUAUUAACUUUAGUUCUAAGUAACCAAUUAUUUUUAAUUUUAUAUUAAGUUGAUAAUAUAGCAUAUUUCCUUCAA